AUGCAAGGGUUCCGCUACCGGCCAGAGAUGAUGCAGGGUGUGCCCGAGGAGCUCACUCAAUCUCUGAAGCAAUAUGAGGAUUGGUUCCUAGUGGGUGCCGAAAAAUUGAAGGAGAUCACUGCGCAUUUUGUCGAGGAACUAGCCAAGGGUCUUUCAGUCGAGGGCGGAUCUAUUCCAAUGGACGUCACUUGGGUCACUAAACUGCCCACUGGGCGUGAGAGGGGACAGAUUCUGACGGUUGAUAUGGGAGGAACGAAUCUUAGGGUAUGUGAGGUGUGUCUUGGGGCCGGAAAAGGAGACUUUGAGCAGAUCCAGCGGAAAUACAAGCUUCCAGAUGAAGUCAAGACGUGCACAAGCGAAGUAUUGUGGGACUUUAUUGCCGAGAAAUUGGCAUCGUUUCUCGAAGAUCAUCAUGCUGGUAGGAUAUCAAAAGAACCGCUUCCAAUGUCCUUUACCUUUUCAUUUCCGGUCGACCAGAGAUCCAUUCGGAGUGGCAUUUUGCAGCGGUGGACCAAAAACUUCAACGUGCCGGGAGUGGAGGGGAAUGAUGUAGUACCACAACUCGAAGCUGCAUUAAAAAAACAAAAUGUUCCAUUGAAAGUGGUUGCCCUGAUCAACGACACGACGGGGACACUCGUUGCAUCACAUUAUCGAGAUCCUCAGAUAAAGAUCGGCAGCAUCUUCAGCACAGGAUGCAACGCAGCAUAUAUGGAAGACUGCCGUUCUAUCCCCAAGCUCCGCGAUUCGGGAUUGCCAGAAGACGGAACUGUAAUAAUCAAUACCGAGUAUGGCGCAUUCGACAAUGAGCGUAAGGUGCUCCCAUUGACGCCAUUUGAUCACCAAAUAGACAAGCAGUCCGUUCGACCCGGCACGCAGAUCUAUGAGAAGAUGGUCGCGGGGCUAUACAUUGGAGAAAUGCUGCGCCUGAUCCUUAUCACCUUGCACGAAGAAGGUAGACUCUUCAAGGGUCAAGACGUGACGCGGCUGCGAGUCGAGAAUUCACUGGAAGCCUCCUUCCUUUCGAUUGCCGAGAUGGACAUCUCCGAAGGACUCGUCGAUAUGAAAGAGGAGUUCGAAGAGAAUCUCGCGCUGCAUCCAACGCUAGACGAACUAAAGUCUUGUCGUUAUCUUAUCGGGCUCAUCGCGACGCGUGCGGCGCGUCUUUACGCCUGUGGCAUCGCGGCUAUUUGCAAGAAGAGAAAUAUCCGUCAGUGCCAUGUCGGAGUGGAUGGCUCUUUGUUCAAUAAAUAUAGCAUGUUCAAGGGCCGGGCGGCACAGGCUCUUCGUGAGAUCCUGGAUUGGCCGUCGGGUGAGAUGGACUUGAUUGCGCUCAACGCGGCAGAGGACGGUUCGGGCGUGGGAGCAGCUCUAGUAGCAUGUUUAACUCUUGAACUCACCGCGUCCUUGUCCUCGUUGGGCAAGGUAUGCUGGAUGCGCCUGGAACAUGAGGUGAUCCGUUUCACCAUCAUCCCCGAUCAAGGCACGCAAGUGUGGGCAACCAUCCCAGUUGGCGCAAUCUUCGACGACUCAACAUACGAGCUGGAGUCCAACUCGGACGCCAUCAACCUAGAAAUUAACGUCAGCGUACUUAACCGCGCCUUACGUUCAGCAUGGGGCGCAUCAUCCUCCCAAUUACGCUUGACAAAGAAAGACAAAACACCAAUUUUGGCAUUAACAGUUCUCUCUUCCGAGUGGACCGAAGGAAACAUGGCCCUCGCCACUACAGAUGAAGCGGAGGAUCCUGAUCACCCUCCCGAAGGCCCAAACGAAACAAUAGGCGAAAAGGGCCCCCGAGAACGCCAAACCUAUGUAACCCAAGAAAUCCCCAUCAAAAUUCUUCACGAAGUGGCCGUGGAGGGUCUCCACGAACCGCACUGCCCAGACCCAGAAGUGCACAUCAUCCUCCCAAACCUGUCCCAUUUAAAAAGUAUCUCAGACCGCUUUACCAAAUUAGCCUCGUCAGAUUCCAAAAGCCACCAACCAGGCGUGAUGGCAGUCGAUGCACCGGGGAUGCACACAAUCUCAUUCGGCGGUGAAAAUGACAAAACCAGCGCAACGACAUCAUCCACAAACAACGCUCCAAAACUAGAGCUAUCAGCUAACAUGCAUGGCUCAUUACGGCUAGCCAUUGCCACAGAUGAGAUUCGUAUUGCGAGUGUUUGGUCUGAUCUUGUGAACCCGCCGCUGGCCGCUGGGCAGAUGACGCAGGAGGAAAUUGAUCGGCUUCCUAGCGAGCGGAAUCGCAUGCGAGAUGCUGACAAUGACGAAGAGGGGUGGGCCAAGGUGCGGAUUGACGGGAAGGAUUGGAGUCGGGUGCUUAGUAUUGGACGACUCAGUCCGAAGGUUGUUGCUUGUUUCAUCAACGAGAUGGCCUUGGUCCUCUAUGUUUAUUUGCCGGGUAGCUGGAAUGGGGAGGAAUCAUGUUUAACGUAUUAUAUCAACUCGUUCACAGCUUGA